AUGGCCGGCGCGAGCGGUAUCGGUGCCUCUUUUAAGCUGGUGAGCCACGCCGUAGAACCGGAACCAAACCCCGCAAGCUAUUUUGCGGAUUUGGCUGCGUCGACGGACUGGGACGGGGACGGGGACGAUACAAUCAUAUACCACCUUCGUUCACGGAUAAUUCGAAGACAAGAUCCGGCUAAUCCUUCUGUAUCCCUUCCUCGGUUUGAGUCUGUUGCUCGACCACUAUCAGUCCCUGCGGAAGGAACCGAAUUCUUUAUUCCUCUUUCAAUUCUCAAUCAGACUGUCGUGUCACCUCAAAAUGGCUCCGCCUUGCUCCAACUCCCGCCCGAAGUUCUCACUCUCGUCCUAGAACAAGUCAAAAUCCCAUACUUUCAAGUCUGCUUUGCCUUGACUUGUAAGGCCAUGGGUCGAGUCGCAAGCAGCAAGGGUGUGUUGUCACCAUGGCGCGGUUAUCGAGACAAGGACGGUCUGUUUCGCCUAUUGCAGAGGAACCACUACAUACCACAGAGACUGAGAUUGUGUCGGGCUUGUUUCCGCUUCCUGCCAUGGAACGACAACUACUGGACCCUAAAGAUGGAAAGUCCCGAGUUCGACGACAUGAAAGGAAACUGGACUGAUAUUCUCAACUGGUUCGACCCCAAGUCGUACUUGCAACACCGAUGCCCUCACUGUUGCAACGAAGGGUACACCAGCUACAUAGCCGAGAGUAGUUACGCCGAGGACACUGAGAACAAGGGUGCCGACGAUAGACGGUUGAUGUGUCCGCAGUUGCAUCGCCGAAUGGGCAGACCCUGA